CUGAACAGCCGCUGCUUUUUGGACAUUUCCCCCGCUUUUACCUCCACUUUUACGGUCUUAGUCGAGACUCGGUCCAUGGAGCCUUGACGAGGUCCCCGCGGCUGCUGUAGACCCCAGGCCGACUCUACUCGCACUUCCGCCGGCGUCGCAGGUGCUCGGGAAUGCGGCGACACCCCCGUCUUGCUCUUUAAGUGUGACCGCGCGGCCAGGACUGAUAGAAGUCGCCAUGAAGGAGAAAUCUAAAAACGCUGCCCGGACUCGGCGGGAAAAGGAGAAUAGUGAGUUUUAUGAACUGGCUAAACUGUUGCCGCUGCCCUCCGCCAUCACGUCCCAGUUGGACAAAGCCUCCAUCAUCCGCCUGACCACUAGCUACCUGAAAAUGAGGAUAGUCUUUCCUGAAGGCCUUGGUGAGUCGUGGGGUCACGUGAGCCGCAGCACCCUGGAUGGGGUCAGCCAGGAAUUGGGCUCCCAUCUCCUACAGACAUUGGACGGCUUCAUUUUUGUGGUUGCUCCAGAUGGGAAAAUAAUGUACAUAUCAGAAACGGCCUCGGUUCACUUGGGUCUGUCUCAGGUUGGUUUAGCAAAGGUAGAGUUGACAGGAAACAGCAUUUAUGAAUACAUCCAUCCAGCUGACCAUGAUGAAAUGACCGCUGUCCUCACCGCACACCAGCCUUACCAUUCACAUUUUGUCCAAGAAUAUGAGAUGGAGCGCUCAUUCUUUCUGAGAAUGAAAUGUGUCCUUGCUAAAAGAAAUGCUGGUCUUACCUGUGGAGGCUACAAGGUGAUUCAUUGCAGUGGCUACUUGAAAAUCCGCCAGUACAGCCUGGACAUGUCUCCAUUUGACGGCUGCUAUCAGAAUGUCGGGCUGGUGGCCGUUGGUCACUCAUUACCACCCAGUGCAGUGACGGAGAUUAAACUGCACAGCAACAUGUUCAUGUUUCGAGCCAGCCUGGAUAUGAAGCUCAUCUUCCUGGACUCACGGGUUGCAGAGCUUACAGGCUACGAGCCGCAAGAUCUAAUAGAGAAGACCCUCUAUCAUCACGUCCACAGCUGUGACUCCUUCCAUCUGCGCUGUGCACAUCAUUUAUUGCUUGUAAAAGGACAAGUCACCACAAAGUACUACCGUUUCCUGGCCAAGCACGGUGGCUGGGUGUGGGUUCAGAGUUAUGCUACGAUCGUGCACAACAGUCGCUCAUCCCGACCUCACUGCAUUGUCAGUGUCAACUACGUUCUCACGGAGACGGAGUACAAAGGCCUCCAACUGUCUCUGGAUCAGAUCACGUCCAAGGCUUCUCUCCCCUACAGCAGCAACACAGGAGGCAGCCUUGCCGAGACCUGCAGAACCCCAAAGAGCAAAAUAUCACGACCCAAAACCAAUGCUAGACUCUCGCCGUACCCACAGUAUCCAAGUUUUCAAACCGAGCGGUCAGAUUCAGACCAGGACAGCGCCUGGAGGGGCAGUCCCCUCACCGACACAGGCUCCCCACAGCUGCUGGAGACAAACGAAGGCCCGGACACCUCUUGUGUCUACAAGCAAUUCUCUGAACCCCGUCCGCUGCGCCACCACCACCACGCCGCCGACGGCCACCCGCUCGUCCACGCGCGCGCUCAAGGUCAAAGUUGUGAGCAGGGACGAUGUGAGGCGGGGCGCUAUUUCCUGGGAUCUCCUCCUCCCCGCAGAGACAUGUGGUGGAGCACCGCGAGGUCCAUCCUGCCUCUGAGCAAGGGCUCGUUGGAGAACCAUGAGGCAUACGCUGGCAGCAUGCCACACAUCACAGCAGUCCAUUGCUACCAUGGAGGAAGUCACUGGGAUGAGGACAGUGUCGUGAGUUCUCCGGAUGGCGGCUCCACGAGCGACUCGGGUGAUCGCCAGCGAAGCGACCAGUACUGCACCAGUCUACAGGAAGCCAACAAAAUCCAGACACUCAUCCGAGCCACACACAAUAGGAUCAAGGAGGAGGAAAGUCGACUCCAGCUACGAAAGACUAACCCAAAUACCCCGCUGGGGCAAGUCAACGAGCUGCCAAACAGCCCUGGUCCCUGCUUCACCUCAGAGUACACCCAGAGGCCAAGACAGGGCGUGGUGUGUCGAAGUCUGAGUCACGUGAUGAGCCCACUGCCCAGCCCCACUCCCUUGUCAAGGCUUAGCAGUCCAGGUUCCGAAAGCCUCAUCAAGUCCAAAGACUGCCUCCAAACAGACCUGUCUUCGCAACUGCACCACCCGUUCGAUCGACCGGGCCCGUGUUCAGCGUCUCCCACCCCGGCCCCGGCGCUGUACCCCUCGCACGCCCACUUUAGGCCCUACUUGGAAAGGCAUACUCCCUACCCAUUAGCAGGUUACGCUCUCGAACACCUUUAUGACCCAGAGAGCCUUCGGGGCUACUGCACUUCUGCCAGCACCGAGGUGACCCCUCACCUCCACAUGCCGGCAGAGCAGACCCCCGGACACAAAGGCACCUCGGUCAUUAUCACCAAUGGCAGCUGACACUCGUUUUACACACGCACCCGGACUGGUGCCGCUGAACCUCUUUGGCCGCCUGGUUAGUCCUCAUCAACAGUCACACUGAGCUUAUUUUUACAUCAUGUUGACCUUCUCUCGGGGUGGUAUAGCUCGGUUGGUAGAGCGGCCGUGCCAGCAAC